AUGCCUACAGAGAGCCUGACCACAGAUACUGUAAUGCGCGGCGAUAGUCAGCCUGUUAACAUUAAAAUACCUACAGAGAGCCUGACCACAGAUACUGAAACGCCCGCAGAAAGUUAGCCUGUUAACAUUAAAAUACCUACAGAGAGCCUGACUGCAGAUACUGAAACGCCCUCAGAAAGUCAGCCUGUUAACAUCGAAAUGCCUACUGCAGAGAGCCUGACGACGGAAACUGAAACACCCACAGAAAGUCAGCCUGUUAACAUUGAAAUGCCUACAGAGAGCCUGCCCACAGAUAGUCAGCCUGUUCAAAUGGAAAUGCCUACAGAGAGCCUGACCUCAGAUACUGAAACACCCGCAGAAAGUCAGCCUGUUAACAUUGAAAUGCCUACAGAGAGCCUGCCCUCGGAUACUGAAUCACCUACGGAAGGCCAGCCCGCCGAUAUUGAACUGUCUGUAGAGAAUGUGCCUGAUGAAAUCCUUAGUAAGACUCAGCCUGUUGACAGCAAAGUUUGUGAAAAUCUGUUGGAUAUUAACUCGUCAAUUUCACAUUCGAGGUUACCUUUUCCUGAUGUAUCUAAGAAGUUUUAUUUUCGAGAGGGCGGGCGCUGGGCAAGGAACGAAACGCAUAACAAAGACUGUGAUGUUUCACCCAUGAAAACCAGCAAGGAUGGAUUAAAUGUUCUUAGGAGAGGGAAUUUGUCUGGUUCCCUUCCCGAAAACUUUGCACACUUGAGGAAGGAAUAA